CUUUUUUUUUUUCUUUUUUCUUUGCAUGCUAUGGAGAAUCCUUAUGAACAGCGACAAAAUGCCCUUUUGAACAGGAUAGUGACCAAUGUGAGCAAGUUGAACACAUCCAUCACCGAACUCAAUGAACGUUUGGAGAAACUAAACAAGGACAAUAAUGAUGUAGCUGUGAUUGCUCAAAUGUGGUGUUCCUAUGACAACUCUGUCCAGAUCCAUUUGGAAAGUACAAAAACAUUCUCGGCUCCCUUAUAGCGUAGCGUCUCUUCCCAUCAACACUACCUUAAUUUAUCAUCCCUCAUUUUUUUCUUUUAUUUAUUCUUUUAUUACUCUCAUUAUCGUUAUUAUUAUGAUGUAUAUAAAAUCUAAUUUACUCUUC